AUGAAAUUCUUCGAUGUAGCGGUCACAUUCACCGCAGACCAAUUCCAAGGCAUCUACCGAGGAAAACAAUACCAUGAAGCCGAUUUCGGCGAAGUCCUCAAACGAGCCAGAGAAUACAACUGUGAAAAAUUAAUGCUCACAACCAUGACUCUCCAAGGAGCGAAACAAAAUCUGCAAGCAGUGAGGGAGUUCCCCACAAUGUGCAAAAUGACACUUGGCGUGCAUCCCUACCAUGCCGCCGAGAUCUACGAACAGCCCGAGUCGCAGUAUCUCAAUGAGCUAAAGCAGUUGGGCGAAUCACUCCUCGCUGAGUCUCCUUCACCUUUGGCUGCAUUUGGUGAAAUUGGGUUGGAUUAUGAGUACCUCAACCGCGCCGAUAAACAGACGCAGCAGCGUGCUUUCCGGGAACAGUUGGAGUUGGCGGUUCAUUUUCAAUUACCGCUUUUCUUGCAUAUUCGUGAGUCUGCCGAGGAUUUUAUCUCUAUUAUCCGGCCUUAUCUUGGGAGAUUGCCCAAGGGUGGACUUGUGCAUUCCUUUGCUGGGACGAAGGAGGAGAUGCUGCAGCUUGUGGAGCUUGGGUUGGAAAUCAGUGUCAAUGGUGUUUCGUUCCGGACGGAUGAACAGUUGGAUAUGGUUAAACAUAUUCCAUUGGAUAGGUUACAGCUUGAGACAGACGCGCCGUGGUGUGAGGUCUUGGGUAAUGAUCCGAAAAUUGCGGGUUACUUGGAAUCUGCGAGGCCUUUGCCUGCAAGUCGGAAGCACAACAAGUUUAUUCUGGGACAGAUGGUCAAGACUCGCAAUGAGAGCUGUACUAUGGAGCGUGUUGGGUUAGUCGUGGCUGGAUUGAAAGGCAUUUCUGUACAAGAAGUGGUUCACGCGGCGUGGGACAACAGCUGUCGUAUGUUCUGGGUGUGA